UUCACUUCCUCUCCAACACUCAUCACUUUCUUCUCUCAACCUCUUCUCAACAUCUCAACCUUUCUCUUCUUCCAUGGCUUCUUCCACAACAGACCUCAAACAACGAUUCGUCACACCCACACCCGACCAAACAACAACCACAACAAACGAAGACAACAAAAAUGGAACAGUUAACCUCAAAAGAGACAAACGAAUGGCCAUGGCCAAACGCGGUCUUAGAUCACUCAUAAUAGCUCUUUCAGUCCCUCUCUCAAUAACCCUCCUCUCCAUCUACAUAGCCUCAUCCUUCACCUUCUCCAACCACAACACCCAAUCCAUAGCCUCUUCAAGAAAGCCCUUCUGGUUUCCACCAUCGUGGCUCCUGCAUCUCAUGUUACCUUCCUCCAGCCUCCUGAUGGGUCUCUCAGCUUGGUUGGUGUGGGCCGAAGGUGGCUUUCAUAGAGACCCAACUGCUUUUUUGCUUUACCUGAUUCAGCUUCUCUGCACUGUGUUGUGGGAGCCGGUGGUUUUUGGAGUUGGGGCGACGAGUUUUGGGUUGUUGCUUUGUGUGGGAAUUUUUGGGAGCUUGAUUGGGUGUAUGUAUGUGUUUGGGAAGGUUAAUCCUGUUGCUAGUGAUUUGAUAAAGCCUUGUUUGGCUGUUAGUGCUUUUCUUUUCAUUGUAAAUCUUAAGUUAAUUUAUAUGUGAAAACCUUGAAUGCAUACAUGUUGUUUGUAAUGUAUGUAGUAUACAAAUCUUGUAAUGGAAGGAAUCAUAAACAAGCUUAUCUUAGAAACAA